AUGGCGGCGCCCGGGGGCUCGGCGGCCUCCUCGGCGCUGAAGGGGUUAAUCGAGCAGUUCACCGCCAUCACGGGUGCCAAUGAGAGCAUAGGGAAGCACAUGCUGGAAGCGUGCAACAAUAAUCUGGAGAUGGCGGUCACUAUGUUCCUAGAUGGCGGAGGGAUAGCCGAGGAGCCCAGCACCAGCUCCGCAGGGGUGUCCACCGUCCGCCCGCUCACCGAGGACGAAAUACGAGCCCCGAUUCCCCAAAAGCAGGAAAUACUGGUGGAACCCGAGCCACUGUUUGGGGCUCCUAAAAGAAGACGACCGGCCCGCUCGAUAUUUGAUGGCUUUCGGGAUUUCCAGACCGAAACCAUUCGGCAGGAGCAAGAACUGCGGAACGGAGGAGCGAUAGAUAAGAAGCUGACCACCCUCGCAGAUCUGUUCCGGCCUCCCAUUGACCUCAUGCACAAAGGCAGCUUCGAAACGGCGAAAGAAUGCGGCCAGAUGCAGAACAAAUGGCUGAUGAUCAACAUCCAGAACGUGCAGGACUUCGCGUGUCAGUGCCUCAACCGGGAUGUCUGGAGCAAUGAAGCCGUGAAGACUCUGAUCCGGGAGCACUUCAUCUUCUGGCAGGUUUACCACGACAGCGAGGAAGGCCAGCGGUACAUACAGUUUUACAAACUGGGAGAUUUUCCGUACGUCUCCAUCUUGGAUCCAAGGACAGGUCAGAAGCUAGUGGAGUGGCACCAGCUGGACGUGACCUCCUUUGUGGACCAAGUGACGGGAUUCCUGGGGGAGCACGGGCAGCUGGACGGACUCUCCAGCAGCCCCCCCAAAAAGUGUGCCCGCUCGGAGAGCCUCAUUGACGCCAGCGAGGACAGCCAGCUGGAAGCCGCCAUCCGGGCCUCCCUGCAGGAGACGCAUUUCGAUUCCACCCAGCCGAAACCGGACGGCCGCUCGGAUGACGAGUCCGAGUCGGAGCUGUUCUCCGGCAGCGAGGAGUUCAUUUCCGUCUGCGGCUCCGACGACGAGGAGGAGGCGGAGAACCCCGCCAAGUUGAGGAAGUCGCCCCACAAAGACUUGGGGCACAGGAAAGAGGAGGGUCGGAGGGCUCCCCCCGACCCCCCGGCCAGGACUGAGCCCGGGUCGGCGGCCAACCACCAAGGACUGUGUGGCACGGAUCCCGAAAUCCCGGAGGGAUCGCCCGAGAAAGCGGCCGGAGUCACGGCGGGCCCGGAUGCGAACGGACCGAAAGCACAUCUCAUGUUGAGGUAUCCAGAUGGAAAGAGGGAACAGAUUUCUCUUCCAGAACAAGCUAAGCUCCUAGCCCUGGUGAAGCACGUGCAGUCCAAGGGUUACCCCAAUGAACGUUUUGAACUCCUCACCAACUUCCCCCGACGGAAGCUCUCUCACCUGGACUAUGAUGUCACAUUACAAGAUGCAGGCCUCUGUCCUCAAGAGACGGUCUUUGUGCAGGAAAGAAAUUAACCCCUGGGCCUGACCUCGUAGCUGACCUUUCUUCCCUCUCAUCCGUGAUACCGAGUCACUGAGUGUGCAGGUGGACUGUCACAGGACCACAGAGCUGAAGUUGGGCUUGCCUCCUCCUCCUUCCCCUCUUUCUCCUCCUCCUCCUCUUCCUCCCCCUCCUCCCUUUAGCCGUCGAUCUCUUCCGACUCUCCUUCUCCUGUCCUCUUCGCCUCUCUCCCCCCCCCCCCUUCCCAAUUGGGUGACCAAAUGACAAAAAAAGUACAGGAGGAAAGGCAAUCCUGACCCUAGCAGCAAGGAAUGGGAGCACCAUUGGGAAAAGGGAGAUUUGCACUUCAGUUUCUUGGAAUAAAAAAGGUAACCUGUCCCUUGCAUUUCUCGUGGCAAAAAGUGGCCAGAUUUAAAAAAAAAAAAAAAAGACUUUAAUUUCCCUGCCCCAGCCCUCCCGUCUUAAAACAGUGUUCUUUUAAAUAUAUAUAAAUUUUAGGAAAUAACAUGUGAUGAAAUUGCCCAGUUUCUCCUUAAAUGGAGAAAGGUAUCUUGGGGCUGUUUGUGUUUUCUGUACUUGGUUCGUUUUUGGGCGGGGGGGCGGUUGUAUUGUUUUUUUUAAUUUUUAUGUCUCAAAACGAAGGUCACUGUUCCCUUUCCAAGCCUGACGAGGAAUAUUGUCCCAGCUGUACAUGUUAGGAGCAAACUAAUUUGCCGGUUGUGGAGUAACCUCACUAGAUUAUGCGGACUUUGAGCCGGAGUCUGCCUUCUGAAGUCUUGCCUUUUAAGUCACCCGGUUCCCGGGAUUGAGGCCUCGACUCGGGGGAGCUAAAGUAAAUAUUAACGGAGGUCGAGUAACUCUGGGACGUGGAUGUUAGACGACUGUUUGGAAGAUUUUUCCACCACUUUGAAAGUUAGGAGACCAGGAAGUGCGCACGUUUCCUCUAAAUCGUUCUCAGGCACUUCACGGUCAGGGUACGAUGGUGGCCGGGCCGGGAAACGAUAGCCGUCAGUCACGUGGCUAGAAAUGGGACUCGGAUUCAUCCCAGUUAUCGAUCCCGGGUGCCGCAGAGCACAUCACCGAGUACUGAUGUGAAAAAGGAGGAGCAUUUGUGGAAGGCAAGAUGCCAGGAUGGAGUACUUAAGCUUCUUAAGAAGCUGCUCAGGCCAAAUGAGACCAACUCUCUCUAAUAGCUACUAUAAGAGCCCGGCUUGAACCGAAAAGUCGUCUUUUAGAAUCGGUGAUCCCUGAGAUCUGCCGCCACCUAAAAACGGGCUCGGCUUGCCAUUCAGACGAGAGCCCUGCAUCCCCUCUGCAUCUCUUUCCCUGAAUACCCUGCCUUCUGUCCCAGCUGGGUGGGAGAGAGCGUCAGGGACCCAGAGUUUCGCCUGUCGAGAGCUCAUCUUUGGCCCUCUCGUACCUCCGAUCCUGCUACAGACUGAGUCCGAUUUAGUCAUCGUAAUUCAGACGAGCUCAAGUCUACACUCUAGGGAGGGAGAGUUGAGUUUAUUGAAGUCGGGUUUUGUAGGAAUAGAGGAAAUCUUUAAGCCUCACACCUGGUUUGCAAAGACCGUGCCUCCUAACAGUGAAGGCUUAAAAAAGAAUAGGGUCAUCCCGCAGGAUGGUCGACUAGGAUGUCUAAUGAUGGGAUGUGUGGUGGGGUGGGAUGUCAUGAGGAACCGCUUAUGUUUUAGAAGAUCCCCGCCAGUGAAAGAAUGAAUGAUUGUCCUCACGUUUUCCUAAACCUGUGAUGAGUUUUUACGUGUAAGUCCGACCGCUGUACAGAUAUUUAUAAAUCUAUUUAUAUAACUAUGAGUUCGCGCUCCGCAUCUUCAGUUAUCUAGUCAGAUUAGCCGUCGAACAAUGUCACCCUCCUGGUUUGCGGGUAGCUUCCGAUGUCUUGCAGGAACGUGGUGCUUGCUACUGGAGAGUAGUUUUUGUAGCGUUCCUCCAGGUUGCAUCUUCCGAUACCUCUGACGGGUUUUCUUGCUUCCUGAGGAAGAGAGCUGAGUCCCGAAGAAGGAAGGGGCGUGGAGGGGGUCGGGGGAGCGUAGCCCUAAACUUCCGGGCUCCAUUUCGCGCUUAGUACAGUGCUCUGCGCACAGUAAGCACUCAAUAAAUACGAUUGAUUGAUUGAUCUUGUUGCAGGCCCACCGCCACGGUUCCUCUCCUUAGACUCCUCUGGCUGAUAGGCCAUGUGGGAUUCGAGGGAGGCAGAGGAGCAGGGCCCGGGCCGAUGGCUCCAUCAGACUCGUCCGCUAGUUUCUGAGAGGAUCAGUCGGUCAGUCAAUCGUUAGAAAGGUGAGGCGGUUCCCUGGGGUUUGGCCGGGGGUGGUGUCCACGGUGUCGGAUUUGAGUCCGCAAGACUGGCCUUCCAAUCGGCCACUGGCGUACAGUCGAAUGGACUCAAAAUGACCCGGAUACCCUUAUCAACUUACCUUGUUUUGCAGACAACGCCGCCCAUCUAAGCCAGGCAUCGUAUUAGCUGGAUUGCUGAGGGGAUCUAGAACUCAAGACUUUAGCGGUAAUUUUGUGUUUCCCCGCUGGAUAGGAUUACAAUAUAAUGAGGGCCCCCCCCAUCCCUCCUCUCACUGUAAAAAACAGGAAAAGCGUUGGUAAUAAUGUUGCUCUGUGUCUGUCAGUCUUCCCCAAGAUAUAUGUCAGCAUCAGCUUUGGGUCUGGCAGGUGGUGGUCCCUAGUCUCUGGUUCGGCCCUGCAGUGAGUGUGAUGCCUUUGGAAGGGACUCCAGGGAUGGGCAUCUGGUCCUGCAGGGCAUCGAUGUUGGCACGGCCCCGACUCCGGGACGUCCUGCGCGAGGCGAGAGCCUAUAGCAGUACCCUGUUGAAUUGGGGAAAGAGGGAGAAAUGGAGAAGGCGGCUGGUAGACGCCAGCGAAUCAAUCAAUCGUAUUUAUU